AUGAUACUUGAUAGUGGUAUGCGCCAGAGGACUGCGCUGGACACCUUAGACGUCGUGGCAGAGAACGACAUUCGACAUGUCGGUGGACUCACUGGUAAGAAGCAGAUGCGAUCGCUAGGUCACCUAGGUCCGAUCGAAGAUGGAAGGGAGGAUGACGAAGGUCCCAAGAAGGGUGCUGCAGCUGCUCGCUUUCCACGAGCGGCUGUGAAGGUGCUCAAAGACUGGAUGCUCAUGCAUAUCGAACACCCAUACCCGACCGACGAAGAAAAGGAGACCCUGAAGCAGCAGACUGGCCUAUCGGUCGGCCAAAUCUCCAACUGGAUGGCGAACACAAGGCGAAGGCAGAAGGCUCGGCCCAAGCGAAGCGCUUCGCCAAGUCUUCGACCAUCAACAGAAGCUAUCAACAUCCCAGCAGGCAAGACCUGGGAAAGCAUGAGUACGUAUUCCGAGUCUGGUUUCACAAGAUCGCACAAAACUCUGGCUUCGUCCUCCACCGGAAAGUUCAUCACUUUUCGUGUGGGUGACAGGCGUUCAGAGGAUAGAGACAGGGACCCAGACACUAGCACAAUGGCUCAAAUGCCGGUGCUUCAGCAGCAGGAAUGUUUCGGUUAA